ACGUGUCUCCGCCAGAGAGUCUCUCAUGUCGAUUCGCAACGUCGAGGACAUACCACACUAGUGCACUGUCGAUAACCGUCCCUCUGUUUCUCUCUCUCUCUCUCUGGUUCUUCGAGUCCGCUAUAAAAACCAGGAAGUCUCCGCUUCUCAUUGCUUCAAAGAUACAUUACGUUACGAGAUCAUCAUCAUCAUCAUCAGAGAGGAGAGAGGGAGAGAGAGAAAUGGCGGGAAACGAUUGGGUGAACAGCUAUCUGGAGGCGAUUCUGGACGUGGGACCCAAUCUGGACGACGCGAAAUCGUCUCUGCUUCUGAGGGAGAGAGGCCACUUCAGUCCGACCCGCUACUUCGUCGAGGAGGUCAUCACCGGCUACGAUGAGACCGAUCUCUACCGCUCUUGGGUUCGAGCUGCGGCGACGAGGAGUCCGCAAGAGAGGAACACCAGGUUGGAGAACAUGUGCUGGAGAAUUUGGAAUUUGGCUCGCAAAAAGAAGCAGCUUGAGGGAGAGGAAGCUCAACGUAUGGCAAAACGGCGUCUUGAACGUGAAAGGGGCCGCAGAGAAGCAACUGCUGAUAUGUCAGAAGACUUAUCAGAAGGAGAGAAGGGAGACACACUUGGUGAAAUAGCUCAUGGUGAUAGCACCAAAGGAAGAUUGCCACGAAUUAGUUCGGUAGAUGUGAUGGAAAACUUGGUUAACCAGCUGAAGGAUCAGAAACUCUACAUAGUGUUGAUAAGUCUUCACGGCUUGAUACGUGGUGAGAACAUGGAACUUGGUCGUGAUUCUGAUACAGGUGGACAGGUUAAGUAUGUAGUAGAACUUGCCAGGGCCUUAGGCACAAUGCCAGGCGUUUAUCGGGUUGAUUUACUGACAAGACAAGUAUCAGCACCAGAUGUGGAAUGGACUUAUGGUGAGCCUACGGAGAUGCUAAAUCCAAGAAACUCAGAGAAUUCAGCACAUGAGCUCGGGGAGAGUGGCGGGGCUUAUAUAAUUCGGAUACCUUUUGGCCCAAAAGAUAAAUACAUAGCGAAAGAACUUCUUUGGCCUCACAUUCCUGAAUUUGUUGACCGUGCAAUAAACCACAUUAUGCAAAUGUCCCGAGUUCUUGGCGAGCAGAUUGGUGGUGGGCAGCCAGUUUGGCCUAUAGCAAUCCACGGACAUUAUGCGGAUGCAGGUGACUCUGCUGCUCUUCUCUCUGGAGCUUUAAAUGUGCCAAUGCUUUUUACUGGCCAUUCACUUGGGAGAGAUAAGCUUGAACAACUCUUAAAGCAAGGGCGUCAAUCAAGAGAAGAAAUAAAUAAAACAUACAAAAUUAUGCGACGAAUUGAAGCUGAGGAGCUAUCCCUUGAUGCCUCUGAAAUUGUUAUAACCAGCACCAGACAGGAGAUAGAAGAGCAGUGGCGCUUGUAUGACGGCUUUGACCCGAUACUUGAACGGAAAUUGAGAGCAAGAAUCAAAAGGGGUGUUAGCUGCCACGGCAGAUUCAUGCCUCGCACGAUUGUAAUGCCUCCCGGAAUGGAAUUUAAUCAUAUUGUCCCACAUGAUCACGAGGAUGUAGAUGCUGAAGUGGAAAGACAUGAAGAUAAUCCUGCUACUCCUAAUCCACCAAUUUGGUCAGAGAUUAUGCGUUUCUUUUCCAAUCCACGCAAGCCUAUGAUACUUGCGCUUGCAAGGCCAGACCCUAAAAAGAAUAUUACCACUCUAGUCAAGGCAUUUGGAGAGUGUCGCCCAUUGAGAGAGCUUGCUAAUCUUACACUAAUAAUGGGAAACCGUGAAAAUAUUGAUGAAAUGUCUGGCACAAAUGCCUCUGAGCUUCUUUCAAUUCUUAAGUUGAUUGACAAGUAUGAUCUAUAUGGCCAAGUAGCAUAUCCUAAACAUCAUAAACAGUCUGAUGUUCCUGACAUCUAUCGUCUGGCUGCAAAAACAAAGGGUGUUUUCAUCAAUCCGGCUUUCAUCGAGCCAUUUGGGCUUACUUUAAUUGAGGCAGCAGCUUAUGGUUUACCUAUUGUUGCCACAAAAAAUGGUGGUCCUGUGGAUAUUCAUAGGGUCCUUGACAAUGGUCUACUAGUUGACCCCCAUGAUCAACGAGCAAUUGCUGAUGCUCUUCGGAAGCUUGUUUCAGAUAAGCAAUUGUGGGCAAGAUGUAGGCAAAAUGGACUUAAAAAUAUUCACCUUUUCUCAUGGCCAGAGCAUUGUAAGACGUACUUAUCCCGAAUAGCGAGUUGCAAACAAAGACAACCCCAGUGGCAAAUAAGUGAUGCUGAAUAUGACAACUUGCAACCAGAUUCACCUAGUGAUUCCUUGAGAGACAUACAAGACCUCUCUCUCAACUUGAAGCUUUCAUUGGAUGGUGAGAAAAAUGAAGGAAGUGGUAUUGUUGAUAACUCUUUGGACGCCGAAGAGAGUGAUUCUGAUGGAAAGAACAGGUUAGAGAAGGCUUUUUUGACAUUGUCGAAGGGCAUUUUAGGUGGCAGUCAAAAGUCUGUAUCCACAGAGAAAGAAGAUUACGGUACUGGCACAAAUAAAUUUGCAGCAUUCAGGAGGAGAAAGUAUAUAUUCGUAAUUGCAGUUGAUUGUGAUACGACAUCGGAGUGUAUUGAAAUCAUUGAAAAGGUCAUCGAGGCUGCAGGGAAGGACAGGGAUACAGGAUCCAUUGGAUUCAUAUUGUCAACAUCCUUGACUAUAUCUGACAUUCAUUCCCUUCUGAUCUCCGGAGGUUUAAGCCCGUCAGAUUUUGAUGCUUUUAUUUGUAACAGCGGUUGUGAUCUCUACUAUCCAUCUUCAAACACCGAGGAUAGUCCUUCUGGGCUUCCCUUUGUGGUAGACUUAGACUACCGUUCACACACUGAAUACCGAUGGGGCGGAGAAGGUUUGAGGAAGACUUUGGUUCGCUGGGCUACUUCUAUCAAUGACAAAAAUGGAGAAGGCAUUGUUUCGGAUGAUGAAUCGGGAUCAACCACUCAUUGUUAUGCAUUCCAAGUGAAAGACCCCUCAUUGAUCCCUCCUGUGAAGGAACUAAGGAAACUUAUGAGAAUUCAGGCUCUUAGAUGUCAUGUCAUAUACUGUCAAAAUGGUACAAAGCUGAAUGUUAUCCCUGUAUUGGCUUCCAGAGCUCAAGCCCUCAGGUACUUGUACAUCCGAUGGGGCAUGGACUUGUCGAGUGUUGUGGCGUUCAUGGGAGAAUGCGGCGACACAGAUUAUGAAGGAUUGGUUGGUGGGGUCCACAAGACCGUUAUACUGAAAGGAGUUGGAAGCGGGUCUCGUAGACUCCAUGCCAACAGGAAUUAUCCUCUAGAAGAUGUCAUUUCACUCGACAGUCCAAACGUUGUUGAGUCUGAAAGUUGCAACAGCAUUGACAUAAGAACAUCAUUGGGGAAACUAGGGGUUCUCAAAGAGUAGAGAAUCAUAGCAAUUUAUGUGUUUUGUUUUCUAGAUCUUCAGUUUCUCACGCAUUGUCUGGCUGUUCGUUGCAGCCAAACUCCCUUGUUUUUGCAAAGUUACUUUACAACCAUAAAACCACAUGAGAAAUUCAGUUGUGGAUUUUUUUAAAUAAAUGCUUUGUUUCAUCUCUUAUUUAU